AUGUACUGGCAGUCUGGGGACAUAGUCUCUGUAGUUGACAUAGAGGACAGAAAUAUUUACUAUGGUCAGUUGAAGGGGUUCGUGCAGACAAAGUUUCUCGACAAGCUGGCCGUCCUCUCUUGGCUGCUGCCUAAAAUUGAGAGAUCAAGCGAUAAAUUCAUUCUAGAUGAAUUCUAUUUAGAUAGGGGAGAGUCGAGCACACUCGCCAUGAGCUGUUUCGAGUUCGUCACUCACUGUCCAUCUGAUUAUUAUCUUCAGCAACAACAACAGCUGCUGCAUCAUCAUUGCCAGUGUUGUAGUAGUAAUAAUAAUAAUAAUAAAAGCAAUAAUAGUAAUAAUGAUAUUGUUGAUAGUGAUAACAGUAACAUCAGCAAUAAUAUUAAUAACAAGAAGAAGAAUAUUCAGAACAACGACAGUGAUGAUGAUGCUAUUUGCAGCGACGUCAUUACGUUUAAAUCUAACACCAAAGAUACAAAUAACGAUAAUAACGUAAAUAAUAAUAAUAUAAAUAAUAAUAAUAGUGCUGGGAGCAGAGCUAAUAGGAGAUUUUCAAAGGCCAAAAGAAAAUUUUGCAGUAAUGCAAAUGAUGAUGAUAAUAAUAAAAAUAAUAAAAACAACAAUAAUAAUAAUAACAUCAACAUUAUUAAUAGUAAAAACAUAAAAAAUAAUAACGGCGACGAUGAUGAUGAUGAUGGUGGUAAGAGGUAUGACAAGAAUGAUGAUUGCAAUGAUGAUAUGAACAUCAGCAUCAGUGAGAGUAAGAACAAUGACAACAAUAAUAAUAAUAAGGACAAUUGUAAUAGGGUUAAUAAUAAUAAUAAGGUCAAUAAUAAUAAUAAUAAUAAGGUCAACAAUAAUAAUAAUAAUGAGAACUACAGUAAUAAUAAAAAUAGUGACGGCAAUGAUCUACUUGAAAAUUCGAAUUUAGCCUCUACUAUUAUUCAUGUUAUCAGUAAAGAGAUGCAACAGAAUUAA